CACUAAGGGGUCGUUUGGUUUUGAUGAUUGUUUGGUUGAGAUAGUUACAAUGCAUGUGUAGACACCACAUUUUGUCCGGUUCUUUUAAUUUGUGAAAACCAAACGACCCCUAAACUCUUUGAGCAGUUGCACUUCGACGUCUCCAUCGCGGAUUGGUUGGAGAAGGCAAUGUCGGGUACCUAGAAUUUGCAUUGUCAUCAUUGCCUAUUGUUUGAAUACCUUCUUCGCGGGCCAUGGUGGCAGUUUAGAGUCAAGGUUGGACUCGGAGGGAUUGCAAUCGGGGUCGUCAAAAAGGAGAAAUGUUGGUGGUGGUGGUUUAGCAGUUCCACAAUCCCUAAUCCCCAAAUCGUCGUCACCAUCUCCACCAUCACCAUUGACGGAAAUGGAGUUGUUGCUUCAGGUGUGGUUGCAGAUUGAUGUCAUCAAAGUCGGUUUGUGGAGGAGCUAAUGGUGAUUGUCGGCGACGUUGUGUGGCUGCAGAUGUUCAUUGGGGUCUGGAUUGGGAACGACUAUUAAGAAGAGAAGGAGAAGACAUAUUUGGAUUUUUUAAGCUACUUCUCCUCUCUCUUCUUUACCCUUCUUUUCCCCCUGUCGCCGCUCCCCAUACGACAGAGAUGGAAUUCCAUCGUUUUCCUCCGGCUCUUCAAAAGUCUAGAAUUGGGCAUGUCUCGUUGCUUCUCUUCCUCUUCUUUCCCCUUCUUUUUCUCUCUCUUCUUACAUAAACAUCGACUCCAAGUUCGCCGGCAACUGCUCUAGCACUUUGGACGGUGAGACCAGAAGUCAUCGCCAGGUCGCAAGUCUCUCUCCCCUUAAACAACGUAACCUCCUUGAUCAACUCAGGAUUGGAAAAGGGCGAAAUGGCAUAGAAGUGCGAUAGAGGGAGUAUUGGUGGGUUUGGGGGAUUGGAAAAGGCUAAGGUUUUUAUCUAUUGGUAUGCUACGAUUUGGGAAUCGUCAUUGAAGGGGUAGAUAUUUGAGCAAUUGAAAAAGUUCCAUGGGGUUCGGGGGAGAUUUGGGAGUGUCAAAUUGGAAUCCAAAACUUUAUGGUUCAGGGGAAAAGAAAAAGAAAUCAUAGUGGGGGAAGGAGCAUAGGAGGGAUUGGAAAGGUUUUGGUGUCUGCAGAAUAUCAUUAAGGGGUUGGAUUGGAUUGAGCUAGAUGGAGUGGGCAAAGAGAGUGUUGUUACUCUUGCUGCAACGGGUCAAAAAAGAGGAAUAAGGGGAAAACAGGGAAACAAAGUGCUAAUAACACCUAAAUUGGUGUUAUUUAGUCCUCACACCUAGGCUCUCUUUGGCUCAUUUCAUGUGCAUAUUGAAAGAUACAUUGUCAAUUACACCUCUAUUUUGUUCCUCGAAGAAUAUAUCGUUAUAUUAGAGUGUAUUAGACAAUUAGGUACCAAAAGGACACAAGUAGUGUAGCAGGAAUGGAGCAAAGCUGAAGAUCCCGAUCGAGAAAAGAGCAUGCAAAGUGAGAGCUAUGAUCGCGACCAGUGGAGCAAAGAUCACGACCGCGAUGUUGGAAGCUCUAUUCGUGAACUUUAGGAAGGAGCCAACCCAGGAGAAGCAGAGAGUUUUGCCAGUCGAAUCACAUUCUUCACCUUCCCAGCCCGAGAGAAAGAUCGUGGCCGCGACCGUGAAGUCAGCCCGCGAUAUCCCCUUGGACAAAGAGCAGAACGACGACACUUGAAGAUCGUGGCCUCCCUGCUCAAGUUCUUGCCCGGUGAACUUUAACCUACAUCCAUGAACUUGCCCAAAAUCUUUGAAUUUUAUAAAUAGGGGGUUCCGCCCUUGAGAAGAUUGCUUUUGGAAAAAAAAAAAUUAUUCUAGAGAGAGAUUAGAGAGAGAAGUAGAAGCUUGGAGAAGAAGUGGAGGAGAACUUUGGAGGAGAACUUCCAUCAAUUGAAGACCCUUUAUUCAUGAUUUCUUCUCCUCUUUGUAUGUCUUUACUUCUCCUCUUCAUGGGGUAAUCUCCCGAGGUACUAUGGAUAAUACUCCUCAAACCCUAUUUUAGGUUUAUAAUGUAGAUGAAUGAAUUAUGUUAGGCUUU